UUGUGUAUGCAUGAGAGUAAGAAUAUAACAAAUGCCAUUCACUCCGUAAAAACAAAGAGAAAAUCGUUAACAAGCGGCCAUGUUCCUGAGUUGUGUUUUUUUCCCACCACCACCUUCGUUCUUCGUCACAGCUAUGUCUGUGGUGACUGUGGUCUCAAUGGCAAAUGGAGGUUACUCUGAAACCAAGGGAAAGCAUGUUCAAUAUUCCAAGUUUUUUCACAGUAACUCUGAGAAAUCUGCGGCAAAACAGGCUAAAGUUUCAAGCAGAAAUGGGAUGCUUGUCCUUUAUACGCCUGCUUUUCUUGCCGGUCUUUCUUCUUUCUGGCUAUUUCCUGAUGAGGGUUUCAGGUUUCUUUUGCUUAAGUCCGCUCUCACCUUCCAUUUCUUCAAGAGAAUUUUUGAGUGUUUACUACAGGUAUUGUUCAUUCAUAAAUAUAGUGGUUCAAUGACUCUUGAAUCUGCAAUUGUUAUCACUGUAAGCUAUUUCAUAUCUACUGCAACCAUGAUAUUUUCUCAACACUUAUCACAAGGAUUGCCAGAGCCAUCGAUUGAUUUCAAGUAUUUUGGGGUGAUUGUGUUCUUGUUGGGAAUAAUUGGUAACUUCUACCAUCACUUGCUCCUCUCAGAAAUGAGAAAAGAUGGUGAAAAACAGUAUAAAAUUCCCAAUGGAGGUUUGUUUGACAAAGUAGUGUGCCCACAUUAUCUAUUUGAGAUAUUAGUGUUUUGGGGAUUUGCUUUUAUUUCUCAAACUCUGUAUGCAUUUUCAAUUGCUUUAGGCACAAGUUUUUACUUGAUAGGAAGGAGCUUUGCCACUAGGAAUUGGUACCAAUCCAAAUUUGAGAAUUUCCCAAAAGAUGUCAAGGCUGUUUUUCCUUAUUUGUUGUAAAAAUGAACGAAAUUUGGAAUAAAAUUUUAUUUGAUAAUGAUUCAAAA